AACGUCAGAUUUGGUCAAAUGCUGCACACAGACAGUAAAUACCAGGUGUUACGAGAGGAGAUGGUUAAAGCCAACACUCGGAACUUGGUGUACCACUGCAGAGCUGACAAGAGUGACUGCGAUGCUGCGUUAGCGAAGAUGAGGUAUAAGGCCAGCAAGCACUUCUAUGCACUGUCGAAGGCUGUGGUGGAUUAUGUCAAGAAUAAGCGUCAGGCCAGGCCUACAGGAUACGUUGGAACUGCUACAUUCUGCCAAGAUAACAUCUGCGUACCAGACACUGAUCCCCCCAUCGUGUUCGGAGGCUGCUUCACCCUAGUCUCCUGCGGCGGCAACCAGACCUGGCACUUGGAUCCCAUUGUAUACAAGAAGAAGAAGGGACGUUUCUUUUAG